AAAGCAGGAACUUUAGAAGUGGUAGGAACAAAUGAUUUAAACGUGGUGUCGCCCCGGACUCGUACAACUUCCGGUAGAGUGUCAGGUCAAAAUGUUACAUCUGAGGAGCUUCCAGAGGCUAAAAGCUGUUUUAAAUCUGCACGGGAACGCAGGUGUGAGGAGCCUCUCAGCAGCUUCUACUGCUACAGGACAACAACAGGAGGACGUGCUCAUGACUAUGGAGAACCCGUACAAAGAGCCAGAGAAAGGCUGCAUCCUCUGUAACGUGACGGUGGAUUUUAAAAACAUCCAGCUCCUGUCUCAGUUCAUCUCUCCUCACACGGGGAGGAUUUACGGCCGACACAUCACAGGUUUAUGUGGCAGGAAACAGAAGGAGGUGUCAAAGGCCAUAAAGAAAGCUCACGCUAUGGGGUUCAUGUCGGUGACUCACAAACAUCCACAGUUCAUGAAGGAUCCCAACAUCUGUGGAGUCAAACAUCUGGAUUAGAGUCACUCUGUUCAUCUUUUAAUGGAUUAAAGUUUCUGUGUUGUCA